AUGAGACUAGGCACAAUCAAUGGCUCUCCAGUACUCCGUACCUGCGUACUGACUGUACUUGCAGUAAAACGCCACUCGUCACUUACGGUGUCUGUUUCUCCACUUCUCACUUCUUCUCUCUCGAGUGAUUGUGACUGUUGUACCUUGAGAGGUCUUUGCCCCCUGAUCAGUUUCACAGGGGACCUGGGAUUGGAUUUGGGAUUGGGGGCGUGGGGUUAUCUUCCCACCGACCUUGCCCUGGCACCUUCAACACCAAAAAGCCCACAUCGACCCGUACGCUAUCUCCUCCACCCCCUGGAACUUGGGACAGACCGGGGGGCCCCUGAGCCGACAAAAGAAUCCUAG